CUUGGGCUUGCAGGAAUUGUGGGGGCUCAUCAGUGAAGAAAUGGACCCGUGUGUAUAAGCAUGGAAUCUCCUUACUAACCAUCACCCCCAGCUCUCCUUGAUAAAUGAGAGAGAUUGGGUCUCAGGAGAAGGAAAAAAGGUCAACAUGAAGCUAAAGCAGCGAGUUGUGCUGUUAGCAAUUCUCCUUGUCAUCUUUAUCUUCACCAAAGUUUUCCUGAUUGACAACUUAGAUACAUCAGCUGCCAACCGGGAGGACCAGAGGGCUUUUCACCGAAUGAUGGCUGGCUUGCGGGUGGAGCUAGAGCCCAAGCUGGACCAUACCUUGCAGUCUCCCUGGGAGAUUGCAGCCCAGUGGGUGGUUCCCCGGGAAGUGUACCCUGAGGAGACGCCAGAGCUGGGGGCAAUCAUGCAUGCCAUGGCCACAAAGAAAAUCAUAAAAGCUGAUGUGGGUUAUAAAGGGACACAACUGAAAGCCUUACUGAUACUUGAAGGAGGGCAGAAAGUAGUCUUCAAACCUAAGAGGUAUAGCCGAGACUAUGUGGUAGAAGGGGAGCCUUAUGCCGGUUAUGACAGACACAAUGCAGAGGUAGCAGCCUUUCAUUUGGACAGGAUUCUAGGUUUCCGCCGAGCCCCAUUGGUGGUUGGCAGAUUUGUUAAUCUGCGGACAGAGAUCAAGCCUGUUGCCACGGAGCAGCUGUUGAGCACCUUCCUAACUGUAGGAAAUAAUACUUGCUUCUAUGGGAAGUGUUAUUACUGCCGAGAAACAGAGCCAGCUUGUGCCGAUGGAGACACAAUGGAGGGAUCUGUCACGCUUUGGCUCCCAGAUGUGUGGCCUCUGCAGAAACACAGACACCCGUGGGGCAGGACUUACCGAGAAGGCAAAUUGGCCAGGUGGGAGUAUGAUGAGAGCUACUGUGAUGCUGUGAAGAAAACAUCCCCCUAUGACUCGGGCCCACGCCUCCUGGACAUCAUUGACACAGCUGUCUUUGACUACUUGAUUGGCAAUGCUGACCGCCAUCAUUACGAGAGCUUUCAAGAUGAUGAAGGCGCCAGUAUGCUCAUCCUCCUCGAUAAUGCCAAAAGCUUUGGGAACCCCUCGCUGGAUGAGAGAAGCAUUCUUGCCCCUCUCUAUCAGUGCUGCAUCAUUAGGGUUUCUACCUGGAAUAGAUUGAACUACCUAAAGAACGGUGUGCUGAAGUCUGCCUUAAAAUCGGCCAUGGGCCAUGACCCCAUUGCCCCAGUGCUCUAUGACUCUCACCUGGACGCCGUGGACCAGAGGCUCGUGAGUGUCCUGGCCACCGUGAAGCAGUGCACUGACCAGUUUGGGGCGGACGCUGUGUUGGUGGAAGACAGAAUGCCUCUCUCCCACUUGUAAUUCUCAACACAAAAUACAUGAAACUUCUUUUUACAAAGAUAGAGAAACAGCACAAUCAAUUCCAGAUGGUAUCCGAUGGAUUGGAAAUGGCCAGCAGCAAGGUCUGGUGAUAGGGGACAGGGUGGCCUUGGAUGUCUUUGCUGUUUUCUGUAACAGAAACUAAAGCAAAGACUGUGAGUGUCAGACCGCGGAGUCACUCCUACUGAAUCAUCUUCUGACUUCCUUGGUGUUAUGUGCCCAUCGUAGCAGUGGGCAUUGUGGUUGGUCAGUUUUCAUUUCCCAUCCCAAAGGACUCAGAGAGGUAUGACAUUUGGAUGGAUUAUUGCUGAGAUUGGUUGAACUUUACAGUUCUUUCUCCACACUUGUGGAUUUUCUGAAAACACUUGGCAAUCUUGUGUCUUUUUUCUCACCAGGACUAGUCAAAUUGGAAAGCUUACUGCCUCCUAAGGAGUGGCAGCAAAUGAAACCUUGUGUUCUAU